AUGCAGCACCCGCUGGAGCUGGGUGCCGCCGCGCACUAUUUCCCCGCCGACCCCUUCGUCGACCACCGAUCGCACCGCUACCGGAGUUUUAUGAUCGAGGAGAUUCUGACGGACCACCCGGACGCCAAGGGCUCUGCCCCGGCCGGAGAGCUGCUCAAGUUCGGCGUGAAAGCACUGCUCUCGGCGCGGCCCUACCACAGCCCCCUAGCUGUGCUGAAGGCUGAGCAGGCGGCGGUUUUCAAGUUCCCGCUGGCGCCUCUGGGCUGCUCAGGCCUGAGCUCGGCGCUGCUAGCGGCGGGCUCCGGGCUCCAGGGCGGCUCGGGGCCUCCUCACUUGCCCCUCGAGCUGCACCUCCGCGGGAAGCUGGAGCCGGGGACUCCGGAGGCGGGAGGCAAAGCCAAGAAAGGCCGUCGGAGCCGCACCGUCUUCACCGAGCUGCAGCUGAUGGGCCUGGAGAAGCGCUUCGAGAAGCAGAAAUACCUCUCCACGCCCGACAGGAUAGAUUUGGCGGAAUCCCUGGGCCUGAGUCAACUACAGGUGAAAACUUGGUACCAAAAUAGGCGAAUGAAAUGGAAGAAAAUAGUACUGCAAGGCGGAGGGCUCGAAUCUCCCACGAAGCCCAAAGGCCGCCCGAAGAAAAACUCCAUUCCUACCAGCGAGCAGCUGACCGAGCAAGAGCGAGCGAAGGAAGCAGAGAAACAAGCGGAAAGCCUGGGCUCCCCCUGCCAAGUCAGCCAAGAGGAAUAACGGUGCGUCGCAGGCUGAGGCCUCUCGGAGGGAAUGCCUUGCAACACGGAGACUUACGGUACUGCAAAGGCGGCCGCGGCCGAAGCGCCUUGCUUCCCCAGUGAGCGGCCUAAGAGGCUGGAUCACCAUCCGCGACGCCUUCGAAAUCCUUCCUCUCGCAUCCACGCGCGCCCUGUUGGAACUUCCAGCCAUUACGGCUUGAACUGCAGGCUUGUACGCCUUGCCAAUCGACUAGUCCUCGCUGAGGCGCUCGCUUGUGCGUACGUGGUUUCUUUAAAAACCUAGUGGAUUGCCUAUUGCGUAAAGAGGAGUCGGCGCACAAAACAGACGAGGGGCGCGCUACUGACUUUGUUUUUCAGAAGCUGCAAAGUGAAAGAAGAUGGGUGGCAAAAUGGUUAGUGGACUAUUAUUCUCAGUUGAAUCCGUUGUAUUUACUGCGCGUUUGAGCUACCCCCGCCUCCGUCCCUGUUGUGCACACGUAAGGAAAACGUCGC